GAUGACAACUGAGGUUUCGUUUGUGUCGUCCAUGUCACCACUGGGAAUACGUAUCGCCCAAAAAUGACUUCGCUGAGGAAAUUCCGCGAAAUUUUCAAAUGCACACGUUGUGCUGUGAUUGGCAUGAUACAUGUGCGAGCUUUACCAGGUGCACCUUUCAACAAAAUGAAAUGCAAGGAUAUAGUGGACGCAGCUUGUGAGGAAGCAGAAAUGUACAAGAAAUGCGGUGUUGAUGGUGUCCUUGUUGAAAACAUGUUCGACCUUCCCUAUAUCAAACCGGAUCAGGCUGGACCGGAAUUGACUGCCUUCAUGGCACGUGUCUGCACUGAAGUAAAAAGGAUACUCCCUUCUUUGCCCUGUGGUGUACAAAUACUUGCUGGAAAUAAUAAAAGUGCACUAGCUGUUGCAGCAGCCACAGGUUUCCAGUUCGUGCGUGCUGAAGGCUUCGUGUUUGGGCACGUGGCAGAUGAAGGUAUUAUGGAAUCCUGUGCAGGCGAGCUAUUACGCUACAGACGCAUUAUUGAUGCCGAGGACAUCCUUGUGUUUGCAGACAUAAAGAAAAAACACUGUUCACAUGCAAUCACAAGUGACGUCAGCAUCCUGGAAACAAUGAAAGCAGCUGAAUUCUUUCGGUGUGAUGGCAUCAUCUUGACUGGAGGUGCAACAGGCCUGCCACCCAGUGCCACUGAACUGCAAGAGGUGAAAGCUGAAGCAACAGUGCCCGUAUUGCUUGGAUCGGGAAUUACAGAGAACAACAUUCAAGACUUUUUUGCAGCAAAUGCAGUGAUCGUGGGAUCAUCAUUUAAACAUGGAAAUGUCUGGAGCAGUACACUGAAUCCCCUACAGGUAGAGGCAUUCGUGGCAAAGGUACACAUGCUACGUCAAACAUUAUCAUAGGCAUCUCAACUCUUACACAAAACAAAUAAUGACAGCUCUGUACUGGGAUGUGGCAUAAAUAAAAGUUUUAAUUUCUUUCUUCUU